UGAAGCGCACAUAGCGUGACCGCGCUACUCUGAAGCGUUGAUGGCGUGACUGCAGUGAUCAACGCUGCCUAUAUACACUGACUCACAAGUACUUUGCACAUUGACCAGAAAGAACGCGAUGGAGGAAUAUCAUUAUCCCAUCAUUGUAGAGGGAGACUGGGGGCCUGCGAAAAAUCUGAAAAAUAAACUUCAGAUUCAUUUUCAGAGUAAGAAAAAAUCUCAGGGAGGAGACUGCGUCGUACAAUAUAAUGACGGGAGUAACUCUGCUACGAUUCUGUUCAAAUCAUCUCACAUCCGAGACGGCGUGCUCUCAAAGACAGAACACAUUAUUACCAUUGACAAUCAACAAAUCAAGCUGAAAGUGUACAAACCCAGUGAUGUAGAGGAACAGGCAGACAGCACUGGACCAAAAACAAAGCAGGCAUGUGGAUAUCAGGAACCAAAUCAAAGUAAAUCAAGUGCUGUGGUCCUGGAGAACCUUCCAGAUGAUGUUAAACAAGAUGUUUUGACUCUUUUGGUGGAGAACAUCAGCAGUCUUCCUGAAAACGACUUUAGCAUGGAAUUACUACCAGAAUUAAGAAAAUCUGUUGUGACUUUUAUAAAUCCCAGUGCUGCAGAAAAGUUUCUUGAGGACAGCAGGACACAUGAAAAGUUUAAGCAGUAUAAUCUGAGGGCCUGUGGACUGGAGAGAAGCACAUGUGUGCGGGUGGAGAAUCUUCCAGCUGAGGCCAACAAUGAUAAGAUGCUGCUGGAACUCUAUUUUGAGAAAUGGGGCGGUCCAGUAGAGAAAGUUAUCACAAUUCCAUCAGAGCAAGCAGCCAUGAUUAUCUUUAAGGAGGAAGAAGCAAAAGAGAGAGUUUUGAAGCAAAAGAAUAACAUCUGUGAUGUCCCAGUCAAGAUAUAUCCCUACUUUAAAUCACUGGGUACAGUCUUAUAUGGUGGCAACAGGCAACAUUUGAAGCUGCCUGAACCCAUUACAGUCAGUGUACAUCCUGCCAUCAGGGAGUUCAUCCUCAAGAAAGGGCAGAUUUCCUCUAUUAAAGACCAGAUGAGCUCACACUUCUGCCACAUAAACAUGGACAAACCUGAAGUUUUGCUCAGUCCUGAUCCAGCAUUACUGAAACAGAAAGGAGUUACCAGAAGACACAUUGAUGGCUGGAGUAAGAAUGCCAUUGAUGCCUUCAAGAAAAUCAUCUCAAACUACACAACAUCUGAGUGGCCUGUGUCACACGCCUUGUGGUCUACAGUGGAAAGUGAUAUUAGGAAAGUUGUAAAAAAUCAGGUUUUUACAGAUUUGGAUGCCUUUAAAGGGGCGCUGACACUGGCAGGAAUGACCCAUGAGAUAACUGGACUGAAACCUAUCAUGGAGGACAUUUUAGAGAGAGCAAAAUUUCAACUGGAGAGAGAGAAGAACAGUGUGACAGAGAACAUGGAGAUUUCUCCUGCCAUGUACUCUCUGCUUGAAAAAGAUGGCCUAAAAAGUGCUGUUUCUCCACAUCUGCGCAUUGACUACAACAAAAAAAUGAACAGAUUAGUUUUAUCAGGGCUUCAUACAGAAACUCUUGUCUUCAAGAAUUGGGUCCUUGAGAAGAAAAUAAAUAUGAAGCAGAAGCCCUUAAACAUUAACCGUUCAAUCCUGGAGUUCUUGAGAUCAGUGGAUUGUGACGAAAUGUCCAAAGAUCUCUUUAUAUCUCAUGGAAUAACUGCUGUCUACACAAUCGAAACUGGAGAUGUUGUUGUGAUUGGAAGCACAGAAAGAGCACUUAAUGAGGCAGAGAAUAGAGUGAAAACAGUUCUCACAACCAAAGACCUCACUGUAGAAGAUCAGGGUGUCCUUCAAAUGCCAGAGUGGCAGGAUCUCAAAAAAUCAUUGAUAGAGUUGUUCAAUACUCCCAAAAAGACAUCUGUGUUUAUAAAUCUAUCUAAACAGAGAGACAAAAUAAUAGUGACUGGAUUCAGAGAACCAGUGAUGGAAGUCAUUGAAAACUUAGGGUAUUUUACUGUAAAACACACUAGAAUUGAAGAAACUGUUCAUGUUAAAUCACAUGCAGUGGUUAAAUUCUUAAAAGACAGAAAAUCACAAGACUGGCAGCAUUUUACUAAAUAUAAUGAGGUGAAAGUGAGUUUUGAUUCAAAGAGACUCUGGAUUAAACUGUCUGGAAAGCGUGUAUUUGUUCAGCCAGCUAUGAUUUUCUUUGAAAGGUUGGCAGAUAGUCUCCACACAGACACAGUGAUCUUACAACAGUCAGGUGCGAUAAAGUACUUCAAAGAUCAGGGAAAAAUGAUGCUCUCAAUGCUGUUAAAGGAAAAACGAUUUGUGGCGGUUCUUCAGGAAGAUGACAUGCUGGAAGAGGAGGGUGAUUUUUUUCAAGAGCCUCUUGGUAGAGUCUUCUCUUCUUCUCUUAGUGUGCGGGCUAUGCAAGUACAAGGAUGGAAUCAAAGCAUGAUCAGAACAUUUGAAAUUGAGCCAACUGUGUUUCAGCUGUGUGGGGAGACAUCAGAGGACCUGAGUGAAGCCAGGGACAUGAUCAACAGCAUGAUAUUACGGGAGCAUGUAACCCUCCCAAUCCAUGAUCCAGCCAUUGCUCAUUUCAACAGAGAGGAUGUAGAAACACUGAACGCCAUGCAGAGAGAGCUCACAGUCAGUGUCCAGCUUGAGAAGAAAGGCCAAGACUCUGUCAUCACACUGGAGGGUCUGACAAGAGACGUCCACACUGCAGACAGUCGUAUUCAAGACAUGAUCAGAAAGAUGGAAAGAAAGGAAAAACAAAGAAGCAAGGCACUUUUCAAUAGGAGUGUGCUUCAGUGCCAAUAUCAGGAGAAUAGACACAGUGCCAGAAACUUUGAUAUAUUGACCAAUUAUCAGCUGGAACAGGUCUUUCAGAAGAGACAGCCUACAGUGAGAACGAAGAUUAUCAAUGAUGAAUAUGAGGCUGAUUUAGUUCGCAAAGAGGCCACAAGACAGAGACUGGGGAUUGAACUAAAUAAAGUAGAUCUGAAAGUUGGAGCUCAAAGCCUUUUGCCUUCACACUGGGAGGACAUGACAGGACAGCCAGUUGUUCUUGUAAAACUCACAGCAGGCUCAAAGGAAUAUGCAGAUGUGGAGAAAGAGUUCAGGAGAACCAAUCUAACCUUUAACAUCAUUGAAAUUGAAAGAGUCCAGAAUAGUGCACUUUGGAGAAACUACAUGAUCAAAAAGGAGGAACUGGAAGUUAAAAACAAGCAUAAAAACAACGAAAAGCUUCUCUUCCAUGGAACUGGCCCUGAUAAGACAGAUCAGAUCAACCAUCAUGGCUUCAAUCGCAGUUUUGCUGGCAUGCAUGGAGCCAUGUAUGGGAAUGGUUCAUAUUUUGCUGUGGACCCAUGUUACUCAGCCCAGCGCUACUCUAAACCUGAUAUCAACAGACACAAACGCAUGUACCUCGCCAGGGUGCUUGUUGGUGAUUUCACUCAAGGAAAACAAGGCCUUCCUGUUCCCCCUGCGAAGAGCUCCAGUAGUGUUGAUCUCUAUAACAGUGUGACUGACAACAUGACCAACCCAACCAUGUUUGUGAUCUUCAAUGAUGUACAAGCUUACCCAGAAUACCUAAUCACCUUCCAGCAGGGCAGGGCUGGGGCUUAUAUUCAUCCCAGGCAAAAUCUGUUCCAUUCAGCCCAUAAUUUCUCAUGGUGAAUUUUUAUUUUUGGGUCAAUUAUCCUUUAAAAUCUAUAAAAAUUUGUAAAAGGUCACCUUAUUUAUGUAAGACACUAAGACUGAUGUUUCAUCAGGCUCCUAAAGAAUUAACAUUUUCAAUACAAUUAUUUAAAAAAAAAAAAAAAAAAAAAAAAACUAAACACAUGUAGAAACCACAGUAAGAAAACAACCUCUAUAAAGUUCAAGUUCAUUUUAUUUGUAUAGUACAUUUACAACAGCCACUAGGCUGACCAAAGUACUUUACAGAAGAGAAAAUUAUAAAAACAUACACAGAAAGCAAAACAGAUAAAAAUAUGAACAAUCAGUUUUAAAAAAAAUACAGAAUAACAGUAAUCAGUACACUAAUGAAAACAGAGCAGGGACUUAAAAACACACAGAGGAGGGGCCAUUCUAAUUUUUAAAAGCAGGGUAUAGGCAUAUAGAGAGAAAAUAGAGAAUGGGCUAAGAUAGAGCCUUGUGGAAGACCACAGGUUAGAGGUACAGGGGAAGAGGUAAAAUUACCCAGCUUCACUAAAAACGUUCCGUCAGACAGGUAUGACUUUAAGAACUGUAGCUUUUAGGCCCACCCAGGACUCUAGUCUGGAUAAUAGUGUGGAGUGGUCUACUGUAUCAAAAGCAGCCGAUAAAGAAUAAGAACUACAGAGUCUCCAGAAUCAGUUGAGAGAUAAAUAUCAUUUAACACUCUCAAGAGGGCAGACUCAGUGCUGCGAGUAGACUUAAAACCAGAUAGAAAAACCUCAUAAAUACAAUUAUUUGUCAAACUUUUUUGAAGUUGAUCCAGCACAAUUGUCUCCAACACCUCAGAAAUGAAUGACAGAGAUUUGCACUAAAAAUUUUUAGAACAGAAGAAUCCAGUGAAGGCUUCUUGGGCAGGGGAGUGACUGUAGCCACUUUAAGACUGGCAGGACAGAGCCAGUUUGGAGACACUUAUUUAUAAGAGACACCAAACCAGGACCUAGUAAAUCGAUGAUUACUUUUAAGAAUUUCGGGUGAAUUAUAUCGUUAGAACAAAAUGAGGGUUUGAGCUUGUCAAUCACCUUCUUCAAUGCCUAGAAAUUGAUAGGUUCGAAAGCAUCCCAAAAGGCAGAGGCAGAUGACAGGGUUGGAGACACAGUUAAAAUGGGCAGACACUACGUCUUAUGUUAGUAAUUUUGUAACUGAAAUAUCUCAAGAAGCUUUCACAGAAAGCAUCAGGCAAGGUGUUAACAGAAGGAUUUGCAACAGAUUGAAUACUUGAAAACAAAACCUUAGGUUAAGAGCGAUUAGUUUCAAUUAUAUUAUAUAAGAGUGGUGAAUCAUCUUACAGCAAGAACCGGCAAAUCUAGUGCAGUCCAUGAGGAUGAGGUGCUCUUCAUUCUGGGAUUCAUUUUUACAUUUUUGUUUGUCAAACGUCUGAACUUGUUCAGUGUGUCUCAGAUGUUUCAUUUUUUUUUUUUGAAUUAAUGAUAUAUUUUAUACAGAAUAUUUACACAAAUAUUUAUAAUUGUCAAGAAAUUACAAUAAAACAAUAAAAGCA